AUGGAGCACAACAACUCACAGGAAGCACUGCCCUCUGUGAUAGAGGGGAUGGAGGAGAGCGCGCUGCCCAGAAUAGACACCGCGUACGAGUUUAAGCAAAGAGGAGCAGAGAGCCUCAUUCCUCUGAUGGCAGAGGAGCUGGAGUCGCUAAAGAGAUACGAAAGAGCAAAACCUGAAGACUUGGAAAAGUUUUCAAAAAUAUUUUCGCGCUAUCUCAAAACAAGAUCAGACAAAAUUGAGUGGUCAAAAAUAUCUCCGCCCCCUGCAGAGAUGAUGGUGGAGUACGAAUCGAUAGUGGAUCCGCACAUCGACAAUGUUUCAGAAAUGCUGAAUAAGCUGGCUGUGCUAAAGCUGAACGGCGGUCUGGGCACUUCCAUGGGCUGCACGGGCCCCAAGAGCGCAAUAGAGGUGAAAGACUAUCUGAACUUCAUAGACCUCACAGUCAGACAGCUCGAGCAUUUCAACACAAAAUACGAUGCAACUGUUCCUCUGGUCCUAAUGAACAGCUACAACACGCACGCACAGACGAGCAAACUGAUCAGCAAAUACAAAAGUGUGUGGACAUUUGAGCAGAGUGCUUUUCCGAGAAUAUUUGCAGACACUUUGAUGCCUGCCCUUUCUGACUCUUCCGUUAAAGAGUCUGAGGGAUGGUAUCCGCCAGGACACGGCGAUCUUUUUGAGUCUCUGCAGGAGUCGGGAAUGCUUGACAAGCUGCUGGAAGAGGGAAAAGAGUACUUAUUCGUAAGCAACAUUGACAAUCUAAAGGCAGGCAUUGAUCUAUCCAUACUGCAGUAUGUGAUAAAGGAUAACGUAGAUUUUCUGAUGGAGGUAACAAAGAAAACACGAGCUGACGUAAAGGGAGGGACUCUGAUAGAGUACGAUAACUCGCUGAGGCUCCUGGAGAUAGCUCAGGUUCCAGAGGAAAACAAGUCCGACUUUACGAGCAUCAGGAAGUUCAAAAUAUUCAACACAAACUCCAUAUGGAUAAACUUGCAUGCUCUGAAGAGCAUUCUGGACAAGGGAGGAAUGGAGCUGGAAAUAAUUGAAAAUAAAAAAAAGCUGGAAAACGGAGAGAGCGUGAUACAGCUGGAAACUGCCAUUGGGGCAUCGAUCAGGUACUUUUCAAACUCAAAAGGGCUAAUUGUGCCCAGGAGCAGGUUCCUGCCCGUUAAAACAUGCAGCGAUCUCUUUCUUCUCCAAAGCACGCUUUUUAAAAUCGCACACGGCACCCUGUCUAUCUCGCAGAACAGAAUCACAGACACCAUCCCAAUCAUAAAGCUAGUUGGAGACUGUUUUAAGACCGUAUCCAGCUACAAAAAACACGUAAAGGGCCCUGUUGCCAUAGACGAUCUAGACCAUUUGACCGUCAGCGGGAAUGUUACGAUAGGAAAGAACGUAGAGCUCAAGGGCACUGUUAUAAUUAUAGCAGAAGAAGGAAGGUCUAUACACAUCCCAGACGGCACGCUUUUGGAUGAUAAAGUGGUGACAGGUAAUCUGAACGUUGUGGACCACUAG